GCGCACGCGUAGGGCGCCGUCUCAGACCAGCUCUUUCUUUCUGCACGCAGCAUCCUGAACAUGGCUGACGUAACAGCGGUGGGUGAAGAGAAACUCAGCAAAAAGUCUGUCUGCUGACUGUGGCAGCUCAACAUGCUGUGCUUGGUCGUGGCUGCCAGGCAGCAGCUGUGUCGAGCCUUUGCUCUCAGAGGACAGUGGUUAAAACAUGCAUCCCCGUGUACAGCUGCAGCACCAGCUCAGUGUCAUGCUAUCCGAUGGAGAGGUGACAAAAGUGAGCUGAAGAGGCGAAUGAAAGCUGAGAAGAAAGCAGCAGAGAAAGAAGCAAAAGCAAAGGAGUCGGGGGAACAAACUGAAUCGAAUGAUCACCAAGCACAACAUGCCAAUGCGCUGGAUGAUGAGACACUCGAUCCCAAUCAAUACUUCAAGAUCCGCAGCCAGGCUAUCCAAGACUUGAAGGGCACAGCUGAGGAUCCGUACCCACACAAGUAUAAAGUAGACCUGUCACUCACAGACUUCAUUGAGAAAUACAACCACCUACAACCUGGUGACCAGCUGAGCGACGUCGUUCUCAAUGUGUCAGGUCGGAUUCAUGCCAAGAGGGCAUCUGGUGCUAAGCUGCUCUUCUAUGACUUGCGUGGUGAAGGAGUCAAGCUGCAAGUUAUGGCAAACUCACGGAGCUACAAGUCUGAGGAAGCUUUUGUGGCCAUCAACAACAAGCUGCGUCGUGGUGACAUCAUCGGUGUCCGUGGAAAUCCUGGCAAGACAAAGAAGGGAGAGCUGAGCAUCAUUCCCAUUGAGAUGACCCUGCUGUCACCAUGUUUGCACAUGUUGCCUCACCUCCACUUUGGCCUUAAAGACAAGGAAACCAGAUUCCGCCAGCGCUAUUUGGACCUGAUUCUCAACGACUACGUGAGGCAGAAGUUCUUAACUCGAGCCAAAAUUAUCACGUACCUGCGAAGCUUUCUCGAUCAGAUGGGCUUCCUGGAGAUUGAGACGCCAAUGAUGAACAUCAUCCCUGGUGGAGCAGUGGCCCGUCCCUUUGUUACCUACCACAAUGAGCUGGAUAUGAACCUCUUCAUGAGGAUUGCCCCAGAGCUUUACCACAAGAUGCUUGUGGUCGGUGGGUUGGACAGGGUGUAUGAGGUCGGUCGUCAGUUUAGGAACGAAGGCAUCGACCUCACUCAUAAUCCAGAAUUCACCACCUGUGAAUUCUAUAUGGCAUAUGCAGAUUACCAUGACUUGAUGGACAUCACAGAGAAACUGCUGUCGGGAAUGGUGAAGCACAUCACUGGAGGAUACAAGGUGACUUACCAUCCUGACGGUCCAGAGGGCAAAGCCUAUGAAAUUGACUUCACACCUCCGUUCAAAAGAGUGAGCAUGACGCACGACCUGGAGAAGAUCAUGGGAGUUAAAUUCCCGCCUACUGACUCCUACGACUCUGAUGAAACCCGCAAAUUCUUUGAUGAUCUCUGUGCCCAAAAAGGUGUAGAGUGUCCUCCACCCAGGACCACUGCCCGCCUCCUCGACAAGUUGGUGGGAGAUUUUCUGGAGGUCGAAUGCAUCAACCCCACUUUCAUCUGUGAUCAUCCUCAAAUCAUGAGUCCUUUGGCAAAAUGGCACAGAUCAGAAAAAGGUCUAACUGAGCGUUUUGAGCUUUUUGUCAUGAAGAAGGAAAUCUGCAACGCAUACACUGAAUUGAAUGAUCCAAUCAGACAGAGAGAGUUGUUUGAGCAGCAAGCCAAGGCAAAAGCUGAGGGUGACGAUGAAGCCAUGUUCAUUGAUGAGACAUUCUGCACAGCACUGGAAUACGGUCUGCCUCCAACUGCUGGUUGGGGGAUGGGAAUCGACCGUCUCACUAUGUUCCUCACUGACUCCAACAACAUUAAGGAGGUGUUGUUGUUCCCAGCCAUGAAGCCAGAUGACAACAAGAAGGCUGAAGGCCCUCAAACAUCUACCUAAGGCCAUGACCUCUGGUCUCUCCAGCUGUCGCAUAUCUGCAGGGGUUCCUGUCAAGUCCAAGUCUUGAAUGGAUAUGCAGAUUUUGUUUUAUCUGUGUUGGUUUGUUAAGAAUUGAAGUUGAUUGGUCAUUAAGGGAAAUUAUUAUUUCAAUGGCAUAUGGCUAGCUGGUAUUACUCUUGUUUUUAUUAUAUCUGCUCAUCAUACCGACUUUCUCCUCCGUAUUUUGAAAGGUUUUAGUGGUCUCUGUUAUCCAGAGGGUAAAUAUUUCAUCCAGAAAUUAUGUGAAUAUGACUUGAUCCACUGUCAUGUGCAAACCUGGGGGUGGUUACUCCAUACAUCUGAGUUACUGAGGGAGUCUUUCAUUCUGAAAACCAAAAUAAUAAAUUGGAUUUACACCUAAGCAACUACUCAAAA